UGAAACCAUUCUUUCUUUUAAGUCCAGCCUCUUCUUCCUGUGAUGUCACAUUACAAAUUGACUGAGCUCUUCCCCCCACCCCCCUUCAGAAUAAGCAAGGCAAAAGAUUUAUACGAUCUGAAGAGAAACCAGAGUACACACUCAGCAUCUGAGGAGGAGAUCUAAAUUCAACAAGAACAAACACGCUUUGGAAUUGUAUUUCUGAAUUUCUAAGCAGCCUGCUUUCCGCCCUGUGGGGGUUAGCAUGCAGGCAAGUUGAAAAGCUUGUUUUACUGCAAGGCGGCAGUGAAAGAGGUGGAAACUCCUACAUCUUACAGAGCCCAGGAAAUCUUUUCCUAAGGAAUCUCAGUUACACAUUCCCAGUUAAACAACUUUGGAAAAUCUGCAUUUAAAGUACUUCUCUACUUUUUGACUUGCAGUUGAACAUAAAGCAGCAAGUUCUGUAUCAGCUUCAUUAACAACUGGGAAAACAAGAACGUGGAAUUAAAUGCAAGGAUGACCUCAUCUGUUGCCUAUAAGACUAUGUUUAUUAUCGCCCAGGACUGGAUGUGUGACUACUGUGGAAUUUGGAAGAAAAGAAUGAUCUCCUGCUGAUUCCCAGAGCAGUAUCUUCCUACUGCAACAUUCAUGUUUCAACGUGGAAGUUUUAAAGUAAAAUGGGAAACUUAUGAAAUCACUCACAGACCAAAUUCAUCUGCAAGCUACCCAGAGAUUUUAAAGCAGUUACGGCAGAAGGGCUGCUAACAACAAAAGGAAUUCAACAUUGUAAAUUUAAAUUGCCAUUAUAAUGGAAAGCUCUAAUUGCUCCACUGAGGACUCCUUUAAGUAUAUUUUAUAUGGAUGUACGUUUAGCAUGGUGUUUGUCCUUGGUCUAAUCUCAAAUUGCGUUGCUAUUUACAUUUUUACAUUCACAUUGAAAAUGCGAAAUGAAACAACAACUUACAUGCUUAAUUUAGCGAUAUCUGAUCUGCUUUUUGUAUUUACAUUACCCUUCAGGAUUUAUUACUUUACAAUAAGAAACUGGCCAUUUGGAGAUAUAUUUUGCAAGAUCUCUGUCACCUUGUUUCAUACAAACAUGUAUGGAAGCAUUUUCUUCUUGACUUGUAUAAGCGUAGAUCGCUUUUUAGCCAUAGUGCACCCAUUUUGGUCUAAAACUCUUAGAACCAAAAGAAAUGCAAAAAUCGUCUGUGUUGCAGUAUGGAUAACUGUACUAGCAGGAAGCAUGCCAGCAAGCUUUUUUCAGUCUACUAGCAUCCAAAAUAAAACUGGACAAAACCAAAACACAUGUUUUGAAAACUUUUCUAAGGAUACAUGGCAAACCUAUAUAUUAAGGAUUGUUAUCUUCAUUGAAAUUGUGGGAUUUUUUAUUCCACUGAUCUUAAAUGUGACCUGUUCUACGAUGGUUUUAAGGACUUUGAAUAAACCAGGUACAUUAAGUCGGAACAAGUUAAGCAAAAAAAAGGUACUCAAAAUGAUUUUUGUCCAUUUGGUGAUAUUCUGUUUCUGUUUUGUGCCAUAUAACGUUACCCUAAUACUUUAUUCUCUUAUGAGAACACAACCAUGGACUAAUUGUUCAUUAGUAACUGCUAUCAGGACUAUGUAUCCUAUCACUCUAUGCAUUGCAGUUUCAAAUUGUUGUUUUGACCCUAUAGUAUACUAUUUUACAUCAGACACUAUCCAAAACUCAAUAAAAAAGAACAGAUCAGCUAGAAGACGCAAUUCCAGAUUCUCUGAAAUUCAAAUUACUGAAAAUUUUAUUCAACACAGCCUCCAGACUUUAAAAGCUAAAAUAUUUGACAAUGAAUCUACAAUAUAAAUGGAGAGAAAAUACUGGGACUGAAAUGCACCUUUCUUCAGCUGUGAAAAUGUUUUCUUGUACACUGAAUAAACUUCCUUCACUUAAAAAACUGUUUAUAUAAUGAUUAAAAAUAGGAAAAAGUUAAAUGUCACUUGUAAACAUACUUCAUAGAAAAAUGUAAUUAUUGCAAGAAUUACAAAUAUCUUUAUAGUUGUCAGUUUUCUCUUCUGCCUUUGUCACAGAUUCCAUGACCUGUUUGUCCCUGCUGUGUCUCCUUACAAUUUUGAACCACACAAAAACAGAUAUUUGGAAACCGAAGUUGAUACCAACAAGGCCCAAAAGUGUUUUACAAUUCAACAUAUUAUGAAGUUAGAAGACUAGGUCUUCACAUUGUUUUGUUAACAGGUUAAAACACUUUAAAUAAAAAAUUAAAUUGUGAAGACAUUAUUUUAGGCUGCAACUAUUUUGUUUACAUGCGGAUUUCUUAAUGUCUGGAUUCUUCAAAGCAUUGAUCAAGUUAUUGCAACUCUGGUGUCAGUUCCACAGGUUCCACACCCACCAUCUUUUGUAGGAUUGGUUUACAAAAGUUAAGCUAUUCCUUUGUAAAAAUAAAUUUAUAGAUGGAUUAAAAAGUACGUAAAGUUAC